AUGGAGGAUAAAAGAAAUGAUCAGAUUAAUGAUUCAACAUUAUCAGAAGAGAAUCGGUCAACAAAUGACGUGUGUGACGAAGAUUUUUUUAUAGAUGAUUAUUCACAUCUGCGACUGUCGUAUUAUCAGUGUCGAGAUUUUUCUUGCAUCAGUGACUCAUCCGAUGUUCCAGAUUCUAAAAGUAAUAAGGAAAGUGAAGAUUCUGUUGAAGAUAAAAGGCGUAAGCUUUGCGAGUACUUUGUUUCUCAAAUCCCCGACUUGCCACAUCCAUCGCACAUUGCCGCUUCGAUUAUAGCAUCUGCAUCAAAUAAAAUGGACUCUGCUAGUGGUUUUAUAUAUGAAAACAGCAUUGAACAAGGUACAAAGAAAAAUGAUGAAGUUUUAUUCGACCCCAGUCGUAGGUCGACGUUAAACCCUAAUUUUAAG